AUGGCCUGUCUGAUGGCAGCGCUCUCGGUGGGCACCGCUUUGAACGUCAGCAGUUCUUCUUCUGCUAUGGCUGAGCCAAAGUCAGUGUGUGUUUCAGUGGAUGAGGUGGUCUCAAGUGGCACAGAUAACCAAGAUGCUCGGUUGUUGAAUGGACACUUAAAAAAGGUGGACAACACUCUAACAGAAGCCCAUCGUUUCUCCUACCUACCCCGAAGACCAGCAGUGAACAUUGAGUUUAAGGAACUAUCAUAUUCUAUCCAGGAAGGACCAUGGUGGAGGAAGAAGGGUUACAAGACCCUUUUGAAAGGAAUUUCAGGGAAGUUCAGCAGUGGAGAACUUGUUGCAAUUAUGGGUCCUUCUGGGGCUGGGAAAUCAACACUCAUGAAUAUCCUGGCAGGGUACAGAGAGACAGGGAUGAAAGGAGCGAUCUUCAUUAACGGGCAGCCUCGUGACCUGCGCUCUUUUCGCAAAGUGUCCUGUUACAUCAUGCAAGAUGACAUGCUGCUCCCUCAUCUUUCUGUCCAAGAAGCUAUGAUGGUGUCUGCUCAUCUGAAACUUCAAGAGAAGGAUGAAGGCAGAAAGGAGAUGGUAAAGGAGAUCUUGACAGCGCUGGGUUUGCUGACAUGUGCCAAUACAAGAACUGGAAGUCUUUCUGGGGGCCAGAGGAAGCGUCUUGCCAUUGCUUUGGAGCUGGUGAACAACCCGCCAGUUAUGUUUUUUGAUGAACCUACCAGUGGCUUGGACAGUGCAUCUUGCUUUCAGGUUGUCUCUCUCAUGAAGGCGUUAGCCCAGGGUGGCAGGUCCAUCAUCUGCACUAUUCAUCAACCAAGUGCCAAACUGUUUGAGUUAUUUGAUCAGCUCUAUGUUUUAAGUCAAGGACAAUGUAUUUACCGUGGGAAAGUGUUAAACCUUGUCCCUUAUUUGAGAGAUUUGGGUUUAAACUGUCCAACCUACCACAAUCCAGCAGAUUUUGUGAUGGAGGUUGCAUCUGGUGAAUACGGGGACCAGAACAGUCGGCUGGUCAGAGCAGCACGGGAAGGGAUGUGCGACACGGACUACAAGAGAGAUGCUGGUGGCGAGAAUGAACUGAACCCCUUCUUAUGGCAUCGACCCUCUGACGAGGUAAAUCCAUGCAAAGCACUGAAGGGGAGGGAGGACUCUUCAUCCACAGAAGGCUGUCACAGCUUCUCAGCCAGCUGCCUCACCCAGUUCUGCAUCCUCUUUAAAAGAACUUUUCUCACCAUCAUGAGGGAUUCGGUCCUGACACAUUUGCGGAUCACAUCACACAUUGGAAUUGGACUUCUUAUAGGCUUGCUAUAUUUAGGGAUUGGAAAUGAAGCUAAGAAAGUCUUAAGCAACUCUGGCUUCCUCUUUUUUUCCAUGUUGUUCCUUAUGUUUGCUGCUCUUAUGCCAACUGUCCUUACGUUUCCUCUUGAGAUGGGUGUAUUUCUCAGAGAGCAUCUGAACUACUGGUACAGUCUGAAGGCCUACUAUCUAGCUAAAACCAUGGCUGAUGUCCCUUUUCAGAUUAUGUUUCCUGUGGCAUAUUGCAGCAUCGUGUAUUGGAUGACUUCACAGCCAUCAGAUGCGCUCCGAUUUGUCCUGUUCGCGGCCCUGGGGACAAUGACAUCGCUGGUGGCUCAGUCAUUGGGUCUUCUGAUAGGUGCAGCCUCCACAUCGCUUCAGGUGGCAACAUUCGUGGGUCCGGUUACAGCCAUCCCAGUCCUGCUUUUCUCAGGAUUUUUUGUCAGCUUUGAUACCAUUCCCGCAUACCUCCAAUGGAUGUCCUACAUCUCAUAUGUCAGGUACGGGUUUGAGGGCGUUAUUCUCUCCAUCUAUGGGUUGGAUCGAGAAGAUCUUCACUGCGACAAAGAUGAUACUUGCCACUUUCAAAAAUCAGCGGCCAUCCUGAGAGAACUGGAUGUAGAAAAUGCCAAACUUUACUUGGACUUCAUUGUGCUUGGAAUUUUCUUCUUCUCUCUGCGUCUUAUUGCCUAUUUUGUUCUCAGAUACAAAAUCCAAGCAGAGAGGUAA